UGUCGCGAUGUUGCGCCUGUGGGUUUAGAAACUCUUGACAGUAUGAACGGGACUGAAAUCUAGCACUCCUACUACAAUCUGGCGGUCGAUGUGUUGUUGUUGCUACUGUUAAUAAGUGGCAUUUCCCCACACACUGUUCUGUGGUGGUGCGAUUUAAAUGGUCAAAUGUACAGAGGCACAUCGAGAUAAAGAGCUAAGGAUGUCUCAUUACACAGACGAGCCUCGCUUCACCAUCGAGCAGAUCGACCUGCUCCAGAGGCUGCGGCGUACGGGCAUGACCAAGCAGGAGAUCCUCCACGCCAUGGAGACCCUAGACCGGCUGGACCGCGAGCACGGGGACAAGUUUGGCCGUCGCACCUCCUAUGGGGGAGGAGCAAGCAGCUCUGUGUCAGACCCCAAUUGCACCACCACCAACAACAACAACACUGCCUCUCUCUCUGCCGCCACCACCUCCUCUACAUCAUCCUCUUCCUGUGUUAUUAAUAAUAAUGCCACCAGUGGUAGUGGGAGCAGCAAUGUUACCAACACUGCCCUGGCCUCUUCCUCCACCAACUCUACCGCCACACACACCCAGUAUCUCUCACCACGCGGGGGGCUGUCCCCGUCCCCUAGCAACAGCUACGACACCUCCCCACCGCCCGGCCCGCCCUCCGCCAUCCUGCCCUCCCCAGUGUCGCUGGUCACCAUGGCGCAGAAUGGGGGGCGGGACAGCCUGGUGGCGACGCCCAAUGGGAAGCUCUCACCGCCGCGAUACCCUGUGAACAGCGCAGCGGCCGCCAGGGCGUUCGGGUUCGAGGCCACGGAGGAGGAGCUGGACAUCGAUGACAAGGUGGAGGAGCUCAUGAGGAGAGACAGCAGCAUUGUGAAGGAGGAGAUCAAGUCGUUCUUGGGGAACAGGAGAAUCUCUCAGGCUGUGGUGGCUCAGGUCACAGGAAUCAGUCAGAGCAGGAUCUCUCAUUGGUUGCUUCAACACGGCUCUGACCUCAGUGAACAGAAGAAGAGGGCUUUCUACCAGUGGUACCAGCUAGAGAAGACCACCCCAGGUGCCACUCUAAACAUGCGCCACUCCCCCAUGGCUCUGGAGGAAAUGGAGUGGAGACAGACCAUGCCCCCUCUAAGCAACGCCCCAGGAAUCUUCCGGCUACGCAGAGGAAGUCGUUUUACCUGGAGGAAAGAAUGUCUGGCUGUGAUGGAGAGCUACUUCAAUGACAACCAGUACCCUGACGAAGCUAAGAGAGAGGAGAUCUCUAACGCCUGCAACGCUGUCAUCCAGAAACCAGGGAAGAAACUAUCGGACCUGGAGAGAGUUACGUCUCUUAAAGUGUACAAUUGGUUCGCCAACCGACGAAAGGAGAUCAAGAGACGUGCUAAUAUUGAAGCCACAAUCCUGGAGAGCCAUGGGAUAGACGUUCAGAGUCCUGGAGGCCACUCCAACAGCGACGACAUCGAUGGAGGGGACUACACAGAACAGGCCUGUGACCUGCCCUACUUCGACAAGAGACCCAUGGCCAGACCCUUUGGCUUCUACAGGCUGGAGCCCACUUCACCCACACAGGACGAUGGUACUGGUCACGGGGACCACCAGGACCCCAUCUCUCUGGCCGUGGAGAUGGCUGCAGUCAACCACACCAUCCUGGCUCUGUCCCGGACCGGAGGGGUGCCCAGCGACAUCAAGACCGAGGCCCUGGACGAUGACUGAGGAGGGGAGGGGGGUUACUGGACAGUGACUGGGGAAGGGAGGAAGAGGAUGAGGAAGGAGUGGAGAGCGAAGGGUAAUAAUGGAGAGAGGAUAUGUCGUGUGUGUGCAUGAGUGAUUGAGUAGGUCAAGGAAUGUGAAGAUGACCAAAUGAAGCUAUCCACCUCCAGCCCCCCUCGUUCCCCUUGUGCUCUCAGCCCCUCCACUGCCCCAGUGUACUGUACCCUGCCCUGCUCGGAGUGAAAAAGUUGAGUGGGGGGAAAAUAAAUGGCUGUAUUUUCUGGA